AUGAAGACCUUCACAACCUUACUACCAUUAGCAGCUCUGACAGUAGCUAUCAAGCAUGAUGGCCCAGCAGCUCAGAUCCCACUCGAGCCGUCGACCGUCCUUCCAGCGGAGCCAUUGACUCUUGACAAGAUCCCACUGUUGGGCUACGGAACAUGGAAUGUCAACGGUGACAAUGUGUCCGAGGCAGUAUCAUGGGCCAUUCAGACUGGCUACAGGCACAUCGACUGUGCAGCAGCAUAUGGCAACGAGGCCAAGGUUGGCAGGGGCAUUUCUGAUGGCUUGAUCAAGGCUGGCCUCACCCGGGAGGAUCUGUGGAUCACUAGCAAAUUGUGGAAUGACCACCAUGGUACCAAUGCACCAGAACGAGGUCUUGAAACCACCCUCCAUAAUCUUGGCGUUGGCUACCUUGACCUCUACCACAUGCACUGGCCAGUGUCUCAAUCAAUCCUCGGCAGCAACAGUAUCGAAUACCGCGAUACCUGGUCUGCGAUGGGUCUCCUGCUCGAGAAAGGUCUGACCCGUCACAUCGGAGUUAGCAACUUCGACCCCGAGCAACUCAAGGACUUACUGAACCACACUUCGCAUCCGCCCUCAGUGCACCAGAUGGAAUUACAUCCCUACCUGCAACAGGAAGACUGGAUCAAGUUCCACGAGAAACACGGUAUUCAUGUCACAGCCUACUCUCCUCUCGCUGGCUCAAACCCAACCUACGACAAAGGCGAGCUCACGCAGCUCCUCAACAACACUGUCUUGACCAAGAUCGCUCACAAGCGUGGAUGCACUCCAGCACAAGUCUCGUUGGUUUGGGGCAUGUCUCGAGGCACAAGCGUGAUACCGAAGUCUCAGCACAAGGAGCGUAUCACGGAGAACUUCCAUAGCUUGAAGUGCGAGCUGAAGGAGAAGGACCUGAAGAAGCUGGACAAGCUUGGCAAAGCUCACCAUCGAUACAAUAACCCGAGUGAGGGCUGGAAGGUUGAUCUGUACAAGGGUCUCGAGGACAGCGAGGGCAAGCACAAGUCGCGUUCGUAG